UCUAUAUUCGGAAACGGUUAUGGAAUAUCGGUUGUUGUAGAACACAACUUAUCGAGCCAAGUUUCCUCAGACUUACAAGAAUGUGUGAUUGUCAAUCAUAGCCAUUCCGACACAAUAACGAAUCUUAGUAAUUCGUUAGAAAAAGCUGUACUACUAUAUUUCCACUAUUUUCAUGAUGCUUUCGUCUGAAUAAGCUCCGUGAAAAAAUAGGCAAACGACGAGCCAAAGAAAUGACUGCACCCGAAGAUGACCUGUACGAGAUUCUAGGAGUCCACCCAAAGGCUACCGAAGAUGAAAUAAAAAUGGCCUACUACAAGUUAGCUAAACGAUACCACCCAGAUAAGAACCCGAAUAACGCGACAAGAGGUGAACGUUUUAAGCUUAUCAAUGCAGCAUAUAAAAUUCUAUCUAACAAAAAGCAACGCCGUGAGUACGAUCUAAGGAAGAGCGUAGCUAGGUCUGACCAAACAUGGGUUCAUGACUUCGAUGACUUUUUCAAUUCUGGGCAUUUUCAAAACGCACAGAGCCCUAUAAACUUAUUUCAGAUACUCUUCACAUCGUCAUUGAACCGUCACGGACCUAUUUGUUCCGGUGAUGAUCGAUUUCGGCAUCGAUGUGGAGAACAUGACUGCCGAGGUAAAGAAAAGAGACGAGAGCGCCCAAUCAAAAGCUUGUUUACAUGUCUUCGUCAAGAAGCCAGUAAUCGUCAUGAGGACCACGCCCAGGAGGCGUCAUGGAUGGCUGAUUUUUUCACACAAAAGAUUGGCGAGGAGACGGUAAAUACUUCUAAACGUGGGAGCAAUAGUGCUGCGACCGCGUACGAAUGUACAGUACAAACUAUUCGAAACAGGAAUGGUAACGAAUUCAGGGUACAGCGAGUGAAAACCGAGUGGAACGGAGAAAUAAGUUCACAGACUAUAGUUUCCAGGCACAUCCACGGAAAGCUGGUAGAGACAAUUACAACAAAUUGCAAUGGUGUGGAGACAAUUACAGUUCGUGAAGAUGGCGUCGUUAAAAGCCGAAUGGUUAAUGGGAAGGAACAAAACCCAAUCAGAAGGUCAAAAUAGGAGGGCUUGCCGUCCUUUUGGAUUUCCGGCCGGCAAGAAGCUGGUCCAAGUCGAUAAUUAUUUUCGAAAUGAAGAGUGCGUCUGUCGUUUACAAACAGUUUAAAUUAAUGGAAUUAGAAGUUCAAAAUAGGUUGUUAGAUCUGCAAUGAGAAACAGAUACACACCUUCGAACAAGUACUGCUUGUAAGCAAGAUUCAUAUUUAUACACCAGGGCUGUUAUUAGGUACAACCCUUCGAUCAACAAAAUAAUAGUGUUCUAUCAAAUAAGGAUAACAUAUAGGUAUAGGGGGCGCCACAGUUCGCAUGGAAUCCGUCUUGAAAUGAAAUUACGCGCAUUGUUAAAUGUGGUCCUAAUAGCAUAGGACUUAAGAAACAACUAAGUAUAUGGGUCACGGUAGUUCGUAUAGUACGUGAUAGUCAUAGACGACAAAUUGUUCACCACUUGGCCAUUUACGGGUACUUAAAAACGCAAUAUGGACAGUAUUUCCAGUGUUU